AUGAUAGCAUACCGGGCUCCAUCCCUUCUUCAACCUCAUCGAUUCAGAGAAGCAAUCAAAGAUGCUCACGAUGGAAAGAUUCGUCCUUUAGUCGCCUACUUCUGUGGACUUUCAUGUCCACCUAUUGCCAAGGUCAUUGCUCAAAUGGGAUAUGACAUGGUGGCCGUUGAUUGGGAACACAGUUCUUGCAACGUUGAGACCAUGACACAGAUGGUCCACGACAUCCAAUUCAUGAGUGAAGGCAGAAGCCAUGCUCUCGUCCGUGUCCCAGGCCAUGACCACGCCGCCAUCGGGUAUGCUCUCGACGCCGGUGCCUCUAUCAUGGUCCCCCAAGUCAACACCGUCGAAGACGCCAAGCACAUCUGCUCCGCCGCCAAAUUCGGCGCCAUUCGCAACGGCACACGAUCUGCGCCUCCCGCCCGCUUCCUUCCCGGCAUCUCGGACAUCGGCUCUGACCCAUCACUCGGCUGGCACGAAAAUGCCAACAACAAUGCCGCCGUCAUGAUCCAAAUCGAAACCUUGGAAGCUAUCCACAACCUCGACGAUAUUUUGACCGAAUGCGGAGACCAGAUCGACGCUGUCUGGUUGGGGACCCUCGAUGCACGAGUCUCGAUGGGGUUGCCUGCCAACGGCGGAAUGGGUGGUACGGAGCAAGAGUGGCUUGAUGCUGUGGCGGUGUAUGAGAGUACGAUGGCCAAGCACAACAAGCCUGCCACGGGGUUCAGCAUGGGUACACCUGAGCAGAUGGAGAGGACUGCGAGGGGUAAGUGUCUCGUUGUUGUUGGAGCUGAGUUUUAUGCUGUUAUGUUCAAUUGUAUGGAACAGCUUGGCAAGUACAGAGCGUUUUUGCCCCAGCAGAACUAUAAGGGGGUGUACAAACAGCUGUAA